GGGCGGCGGGGCGGGGCCGGCUGCAAGCAAGGACUCGGGGCCCGCGCGGCGCCUCUCGGGGCCCGGCCGCCGCCUCUGCGCGCAGCCCCGCAGGCCGGGCAUGGGUUGGGGCGCCGGGCCGGCACGAUGAGCGCGCUGGGCAGCCCGGUCCGGGCCUACGACUUCCUGCUCAAGUUCCUGCUGGUGGGCGACAGCGACGUGGGCAAGGGCGAGAUCCUGGCGAGCCUGCAGGACGGCGCGGCCGAGUCCCCGUACGGCCACCCGGCGGGCAUCGACUACAAGACGACCACAAUCCUGCUGGACGGGCGGCGGGUGAAGCUGCAGCUCUGGGAUACUUCGGGCCAGGGAAGAUUUUGUACCAUAUUCCGCUCGUACUCUCGGGGUGCACAGGGUGUGAUCCUGGUCUAUGACAUUGCGAACCGCUGGUCUUUCGACGGCAUUGAUCUGAUUAAGGAGAUCGAUGAGCAUGCCCCCGGAGUCCCUAAGAUCCUGGUGGGGAACCGCCUGCACCUGGCGUUCAAGCGGCAGGUCCCCACGGAGCAGGCCCAGGCCUACGCCGAACGCCUGGGCGUGACCUUCUUUGAGGAGCCUUUGUGCAAUUUCAACAUCACGGAGUCGUUCACGGAGCUGGCCAGGAUCGUGCUGCUGCGGCAUGGGAUGGACCGGCUCUGGCGGCCAAGCAAGGUGCUGAGCCUGCAAGACCUGUGCUGCCGGGCGGUUGUGUCCUGCACGCCGGUGCACCUGGUGGACAAGCUCCCGCUCCCCAUUGCCUUAAGAAGCCACCUCAAGUCCUUCUCAAUGGCCAACGGCCUGAAUGCCAGGAUGAUGCACGGCCGUUCCUACUCCCUCACCACCAGCUCCACCCACAAAAGGAGCAGCCUCCGCAAAGUGAAGCUUGUCCGCCCACCCCAGAGCCCACCCAAAAACUGCACCAGAAACAGCUGCAAAAUUUCUUAAGGCAGGCACUAAAAGAACCACGGUGGAAUCUCUCCCAGAGAAACUCGGUGUUACCCCUGGCAGCUGGCGGAUGCAUCUCAGAUUCCGGUUUCUCUCGGCAAACGCUGCUUGCGAAUGUGUGCGAUGCCUUCCGUGUGAUGGAAACACACUACACUGUCGGACUUCGAAUUUCUAUGUGGAUGUGCAUGAAGCUCUUGUUUUCGAUGUGUGUUUAUAAAGGGAAAAUUAGUACUCUGCUCAACUCUUGGUAACAUGAAAUUCUGAAUGUUACUUUAUCAUGAUUGCACUGCAACUUUUUCCUUAAAAUAACUGCUUUUGUAAGAAUGGUGAUAUUGGAGUGAUUAGCGUAAAUUGAAGGGAAUUUGAGAAGCAACGGUAGUGGGAUGAUUUAGAGUCAUCGAUAUCACGAGAGGGGUCUUUUUGUAAACCUCCUUUUUAAUGUCAAAGCACCAAUUUAUAAAACGCUGCAGAUGUAGAGGUUAUGUGCAACGGAUCUGUCCAGUUUGUGUAUGAAAUGGAUUUGAUAAAGUUUUUGCUAGUUAUUUACUACAUUUUGGGAUUAAUAAGUGAUUUAUAUGCAUAUUUUUCUGUAAAUCUACAUUUUUUGUACAAGAUAUUCUACAAGUUAUGAAGCUAAGGGAAGAAAAUGCCAAAGAUACCUCUAGUUACGUUGAACGACGCAGUUUCAACAGGCCAAGGAAGACCUGCUUCAGUAAAAGGAAUGAAGUGAAAACACUUAUUUAAGAAAAUGUUUCUCAACAAUAAAAUGUAUAGUCGUUUCUCUCUUGGUA